AUGUUUGAAAAAUGGAGCGAGGCCAAUACCAAUAUUGGCCAUUCCCUGGCCAAGGUCCUCGGUAUCAAGCUCGCAUAUAGAGACCCCCUGGGUGCUACCGGUGCCGGUGAGACCGUCACAAGAGGAGAAUCGGCAUUUUCUAUGGGCACCGUCGACACAUACUCAUACAACGAGCCCGAGCCGACAAGCAUCGACUGGGUUCGCGAGGUCACCCCGUCCGGAGCCCAGAUAGCCAGAUAUUUCCUCCAUCUGUUCCCUUUCCUCACAUGGAUUACCAACUACAACCUACAAUGGCUGUUCGGUGAUCUGGUUGCCGGUAUCACCGUUGGAGCGGUCGUGGUGCCACAAGGUAUGGCCUAUGCUGAACUGGCUGGACUGCCGGUACAAUUCGGUCUCUACUCCUCGUUCAUGGGAGUUCUGAUCUAUUGGUUCUUUGCUACGUCAAAGGAUAUUACUAUUGGGCCCGUGGCCGUCAUGUCAACUCUUACCGGAACGAUCGUGGCCAAGGUCCAGGUAGAAUACCCAGAUUACCCGGCCCAUUUGAUUGCAUCGGCCCUUGCUGUCAUUUGCGGUGGUAUUGUUCUAGCUUUGGGUCUCCUGCGCAUCGGAUUCAUUGUUGAUUUCAUUCCUCUCCCCGCUAUUUCGGCCUUCAUGACCGGCUCGGCUCUGAACAUUUGCUCCGGACAGGUUCCGACCAUGUUGGGCGAGACGGCCAAAUUUAGUACGCGCGGUGCCACCUACAUGAUCAUUAUCAACACCCUCAAAUACCUCCCCACUUCGACAUUGGAUGCUGCUAUGGGUGUCACUGCCUGUGCAAUGCUGUACAUCAUCCGUUCAGGAUGCACUUACGCCGCGAAAAAGCAGCCUGCUAAGGCCAAGAUGUGGUUCUUUAUCUCGACUCUUCGGACCGUGUUUGUGAUCUUGUUCUACACUAUGAUUAGUGCCGCCACGAACCUGCACCGGAGGGAUAAACCAGCGUUCAAGAUCCUUGGGACAGUCCCUCGAGGAUUCCAACAGGCCGCCGUGCCCACUAUGGAUCGUAAGAUCAUUUCAGCCUUCGCUGGCGAACUUCCAGCUGCGGUCAUCGUUCUUCUGAUUGAGCACAUUGCCAUUUCCAAGUCCUUCGGCCGAGUUAACAACUACACUAUCGAUCCUUCUCAAGAGUUUGUGGCCAUUGGUGUGAGUAACCUUCUCGGACCUUUCCUCGGCGGUUACCCCGCCACUGGGUCUUUCUCCCGAACAGCUAUCAAGUCUAAAGCUGGAGUGCGGACACCCCUUGCUGGUGUCAUUACCGCGAUCGUGGUGCUCUUGGCUAUCUAUGCCCUGCCCGCUGUCUUCUUCUACAUCCCUAAGGCUUCUCUGGCUGGUGUCAUUAUCCACGCUGUCGGCGAUCUGAUCACUCCCCCGAACACCGUUUACCAGUUCUGGCGCGUGUCUCCGCUUGAUGCGCUUAUUUUCUUCAUUGGUGUCUUUGUCACUGUGUUCACUUCCAUUGAAAAUGGCAUCUACUGCACAGUCUGUGUGUCGGUUGCAGUCCUGCUUUUCCGUGUGGCCAAGGCCCGCGGUCAGUUCCUAGGCCGCGUCACUAUCCACUCCGUUGUCGGAGAUCACCUGUUGGAUGGCGAUGGAAAGUACGGAUCAUUCGGAACUAACAAGACUCCCUCCGACGAUGAAGACCGCCACCGCCGAACUAUCUUCCUUCCCAUCAACCACACCGAUGGCUCCAAUCCGGAUAUCGAAGUGGAGCAGCCCCUUCCGGGUAUCUUCAUCUACCGCUUUGCCGAAGGCUUCAAUUAUCCUAACGCCAACCACUACACCGAUUCCCUGGUUUCAACCAUCUUCAAGAACACCCGCCGAACGAACCCGCACGCCUAUCGGACUCGCGGUGAGCGCCCCUGGAACGACGCUGGUCCCCGCCGCGGCAAGGAAGGCAGCGACGACGACUCACACUUGCCCCUUCUCCAAGCCGUCAUUCUGGAUUUCUCAUCUGUGAACAAUGUCGACGUAACCUCAAUCCAGAACCUGAUCGACGUACGCAAUCAGCUAGAUAUGUACGCCUCCCCCCGCACCGUGCAAUGGCAUUUCGCACACAUCAACAACCGCUGGACAAAGCGCGGCCUGGCUGCCGCAGGCUUCGGUUACCCGACACCCGUCGCUAGUGACGGCGGCUUCCACCGGUGGAAACCCAUUUUCAGUGUGGCCGAGAUCGAAGGCAGCGCCUCUGCCGCUGCCUGCGCCGAAAUGAUUGCCAACCAGUCCCACAACAAGGCUACAGAUAUCGAAUCCGGCCUCAAGUCCGAUACCAACACAACUGCACGUGAGACUGACGGCAUCGAGACCGCAUCCGAGAGCUCCGAGGUCAUCCGUGAGGACAAGUUCCAUCGUGAUAUCACAGACAGCAAGGCGUACCAGCGUCGUCCUAAGGUUGCGCUCGUGCAGGGCAUGAACCGGCCUUUCUUCCAUAUAGACUUGACCAGCGCUCUUCAAAGCGCUGUUGCUAAUUCUUCGGACGUGAUUCCACACAUUGAGUGA